AUGAUCUUCUUGUUACUGCAUCAUCAAGUUAAACAAAGUUUGACUUUCACCCACAAGACAGUUACAGUUGGGGCCCAUAAUGAUUUAGCUAUGAAAAAUAACCAUGGUUGUAAGCUAUUACCACCAUCAAUGAAGCCCCCUGUGUAUGUUCCUUCUACAACACAGUAUGCAGGGCAAUCUCGUCAUUCUCGCCCUGGGGUCAUUGAAGAAAUAGUUGGUGAUGAAAGGCUGAUUUAUCAAGUAACACUACGGGAUCUUUAUCAACCAACUAUUGAAGCAAUUUUACCUUAUGGUCUUUUAUCUUUCCCUCUUUACAGGCACCAGAAAACUGCAUUGAUCUGGAAGCUUGAUAAGGAAAAUAGCGUGGCUUGUUCUGGUGGAAUUUUAGCUGAUGAUCAGGAAAUCAAGUUUGAACCCAAUGUUAUGUGUGAACAUAUUGACAAGAUGCUAACUUUUUGGGGUAGUCAGGUUGUACGCUUUCGUUCAUCGGAGAAGCCUAAGGAUGUUGUGUUUUCACUAGAAUUGUGA